AGAUUUGUUAUAACAGCACUAUCGUUCACAAGAUUGCAUUUUUGCGGGUCACAUCGCUAACUUGUAUUUUGGAUACAUAUCGAUAACUCGAUAAAUGUGUUGAAAUGGGCUAAGAAAACAGCCAGAAAGCCAAUUCCGCUUGUUGUAAGUCUCUCUCACCUAGAAAUCGCAUUUUCUGGACGGUCUGCACAUCAUGGAAGUGGAUCAGCUAACCCUGGCCGAUGUGGUCUUCGUAAUCGAGAGCAGCGCCAUCAAUGGCGCCUACAUCAACGAGCUGAAAACCAAUUACAUUCUACCCACUUUGGAGCACUUCACACAAGGCUCAAUUGACGAACGCGAAUUCCUAAUCGCUGAACGUUAUGCGACACUUUACGGCAUCGUUACCUACAGUACAGCGGCGAAUUUGCUCGAGCCUGUGUGUGCCACCUAUGGUCCAUUUGUGCAGCCCCAGAAAGUGAUUGAAACCAUCGAACGCUUGCCUUUGGUUGGUGGUGGCAUGGAAUCGCAUGGCCAUAUGGCCGAAGGACUUGCUGCCGCUCACGGAUGCUUCGACGAGAUGAACGAACAACGGCACAUGCUGGAGCAGGCGAACCUACAACGUCACUGUAUUCUCAUCUGCAACAGUCCUCCAUAUCAGAUGGCUGUGAAUGAAUCUUGGAAAUACAAAGGUAAAUCUUGUGAACAAUUAGCAGCACUGUUCAAUGAACGCAAGAUCAAUCUAUCGAUCAUUGCGCCUCGCAAAAUACCCGUGCUUUUCAAGCUUUACAUGAAGGCGGAUGGUGAUCAGCCCAUUACAACCAAAAACUAUGCCAAAAACAUACGGCAUCUGGUGCUGCUCAAGGGCUACAGUCUUAAAGAGCGUGCGCCGAGUCCGAACAGCAUGGCGGCAGCAGUAAAUAAUCAAAUGGUUGCACCACCGCAGACUCAAGCGACCGCAGCAGCAGUGCUCAACAACGGUCAGCAGGCUGUGCAAGGCCAGAACAUUCCCAUGGAGACGAACACAGUGCAACAACAGCAGCAGCAACCAGGUGGUCCUCCACAGCAACAGCAACAACAACAGCAGCAGCAACAGCAAGUGAUGAAUAUGAACAAUAUGCAAGGGCCACAGCAGCAGCAACAACCUGGCACUGUGCCAAAUCCGGCUCUCUUGAAUGCACAACAACAGCAGCAACUCAUGCAACAGCAGCAGCAACAACAACAACAGCAGCAGCAACAGCAAUUUAUGCCGAAUCAAAUGCAAAAUGCCAACUUUCCGCAGGGAGUUGUUCCCGGCCAGAAUCGUUGGAUGUAUCCCAAUCAGCCGGGUCAGCGUCCGCCGUUUAUGCAGGGAGGUGGCAACAAUAUGCCCAUGCAGCCGCAACAAAAUGCUAAUCCGGCUUUAAUGUCACGUAUUAGUGGACCGCCCAAUCAAACAGUCAAUUCACUGCAGCAGCAACAACAGCAGCAGCAACAACAACAGCCACAAUUGCAGCAGCAGCAGCAACAGCAGCAAAGAAUACACAUGAUGAACCAACAACAGUACAAUCAAUUGCAGCAACAACUGGCACAGCAACAGCAGCAACAACAUCCCCAACAGCAGCAGCAACAACACCCACAGCAGCAACAGCAGCAGCAGGUUAAUCCCAAUGCGAAUGCCAACAUGAUGCCAGCUGUUUCAAGUGCCGGCAAUGUGCCAACGCUCCAGCAGCAAACAAAUCCGCAACAGCAGCAACAGCCCAAUCAACAACAACAGCAGCAACAACAACAGCAGCAGCAGCAACCACAAGAACAAGCAUCGAUACGCGAAAAGAUCUGGACGGGCAUUCUCGAAUGGUCGGAAAAGGCGAAAAACGAUCAGCAAAAGAUUCCGCAUACCUUGCAAUGCACCGUUUGCACCAACAUCAAAGAUGGAGAGCCUGAAAUCAAGGCGGACAAUUGGCCACCCAAGUUGUUGAUGCAACUGAUGCCCAAACAUUUGGUGGGCAACAUUGGCGGACAGUUUUUGAAGGACUCCAAGAUGGUGGUGUUUCGUCCAACGCCAGGCGAAGCGCUCGAUUCAUUAGCCAAAAUGAUGACAUCCGGCUUUGCAGGCUGUGUACAUUUCUCGGCCAUGGCCAAUACACCAGCAUGCGACAUUAAAGUGCUUAUUCUGCUGUAUACACCUGAUCGCAAUGCGUUCCUUGGUUUUAUACCCAACAAUCAGACGAUGUUUGUAGAGCGUUUGCGCAAGGUGAUACAGCAGAAGCAAUCUCAUGGCAAUAUGCAGCAGCAACAACAACAGGUGCAACAGCAACAACAGUUGCCACAGCAGCAGCAACAGCAGCAGAUGCAACAAAUGCUGCAACAGCAGCAACAGCAACAAGGCAAAUCACCAAUGGAAUUGCAGCAGCAGCAACAACAGCAACAAAUGCAGCAGGAUAAUUCACAGCAACAGCAGCAGCAACCGCACUAUAAUCAAUAUGCACAGCUCAACAUGCAGAUGAGCGGCGGACCAGGUGGCAAUGGUGGUAUGCAACCACAAAUGCAAAUGAAUAUGAUGCAACAGCAGCGCAUGCCCCUCGGCGUCCCAGUUGGUGGCCCCAAUCCCAAUCUGCAGCAGCAAUUGCAACAGCAGCAACAGGUGCCUCCCAAUGUGGCAGCCAUGCAGCAGCAGCAACAGCAACGCAUGGUGCGCCCCAUGCUUGGCAAUAACAAUCCAGGACUGCGCCAGUUGCUCCAACACCAGACGCCGGGCAAUCAGUUUCGUCCCCAGAUGGGUGGACAGCCCAAUCAAAUGGGCGCUGGCGGACCGAUGGUCGGUAAUCGCAACUUUGACGACGGCGGAUAUGAAUUUAUGUAGAGUUGUCCUUUUAGAAUAUGUGUGUUUCUUUUUUAUCAUUAUCAUUUUUCAAGUCCGUGUCCGUGAAAUAUGUUGCAAGUUGCUCGACUGUCGUUUUGCCCAAUACAAACUUGUCUGUAAAAAUUGUCAAAUUUCUCAAUUUUUGUAAUCAUUUAAGUUAUGCAUUAAAUUAUACACGUAUGUAUUCUGAUAUAUAUUCAA